UCGUCCUCAUGAUUGGAGGUUGCCUUACCUAUCCCAGGAUCUCGGUUAGCGGUAUUUCGUAAGCUGCGGGGGCCUGGAUGCUACUCUACCAAGUAGAGUAAGUCAAGGUCAGACUUCGCGUCCUAAAUCAUCAUCCGCCCUUCAUCCUGGGGCCGCAAGUCGCAUUCUUCGACCCAAGCUUUGAAACUGGACACCGACGACAUGGGAGAGAAUUCGAAAGAGUUUGGUCACCUAUGGCAGCCGCAACCACAUUCUCAGGCGGCGGGUUCGAGUCGCCGACAAGGCUCGAGAUGGCGCUCCCCACUCGGCGGCAUAUUGGCGAGCCUCAUCGUCCUAGGCUGCCUUGCCAACUUCCGAUACUUCGCCGCUAUCAAGACGCCAGGAGUUACCGUCGAUGAGCCGGCUCCCUCCCUCAAGGAUCCCAUGAACCCAUGGGAAUCGAUCACCCCGAGCCCUGACUUGGCCUGGCACCCCUGCUACACCGCAAUCAACCCUUCCUUCCUCUGCGCGCGCCUGACCGUGCCCAUGGAUUACGCGCACGAGAACGAUGACCCGGACGGGACCAAGGUCCACCUCGCCCUGGUCCUUCUCCCGCCAGCGUCCCAGGGCCAAACCCCGUCGGACCACACCACCACGGAUCCGCCCAAGAAGGCACCACUCCUGAUCAACCCGGGCGGGCCCGGCGGCUCGGGAGCCCUCCUCGCCCUCCUCAUGGGCCCUUCCCUGCAGCGCGCCCUCGGCACUGAUCAACCCAUCCUCGGCUUCGACCCCCGCGGCGUCGGUUUCACCACGCCCGUGGCCGACUGCUGGGCGGCUCCCGCACCCCCUGACGCGUGCGACGACGAGGACGGCGGCGGCGGCGGCGGCGGCGCAGGACCGGCGUGCGAGGACGACGCGGCCAAGGGCCUGCUGCGCCGGGUCGAGUGGGAGCAGGUCAACACCGCGUACGGGCUGGUCGGGGAGAGCGAGGCGGCGACGCGGUACCUCGAGGCCGGGCACCGCGGCGUCAACGCGCUGUGCCGCAGCCGUGACGACCGGCACGGCGGCGCCAGCGGCCUGGCGUGGUCGGGAACGGGGGAGGUCGCGCGGGACAUGGCGAGGAUCGUCGACAAGUGGGACGAGUGGGUCGACCUGGAGGAGGAAGAGGCGGGCGCGGCGGCGGAGCGGGAGAUGAGGGGCAAGCUGGUCUACUGGGGCUUCUCGUACGGGACCUACCUCGGCGCCACCUUUGCGAGAAUGUUCCCCCACCGGGUCGGGAGGCUGCUGCUGGACGGGGUAGUCGACGCCGAGCUGUAUGAGAGACCGGUGUGGAAGGAGAGCCUGGUGGACGCGGACAAGGUGCUGGACGAGUUCUUCCGCUACUGCGCCGCGGCCGGGCGGGACUGCGCCCUCUACCGGGACGGGGACCAGGCAGACGACGUGCGGAGGAAGUACGAGACGGUCAUGGAGAGGCUGCGGACCAGCCCCGUCACCUUCACCCACCCGGACUACUUCUACCCGGUCAUCCUCCGGGAGAGCCUUGUCAAGCAGCUGGCCUUCACCGUCCUGUACUCACCGAUCCAGGGGUUUCCCGGCCUCGCCUGGAUCCUCGACUGCAUCUACGAGGGCAGGUACGAGCAGCUCAGCGCCAUGUUCCAGGAUUCCGAGCUGAUGUGCUCGGUUCCCGGAAACAACUUGCUCAUGGGUCUCAAGACGGACGCCCAGCGCGCCGUCAUGUGCAGCGACAAGCGACAGCCCGUGAACAUGACCGUGCCCGAUUGGGAGGCAGAGCACAAGAACAUGGCCGAGCUCUCCCAGUUCGCCGGCAUCUGGAUGGGCAUCAUGAUGCAGUGCAGCGGCUGGGACGUCUCUCCUCCGCACAGGGCUCCCAUGGGGCCCUGGACCUCCUCGCGGGGCCAGUUCGAGACGGCCAACCCGAUCCUCUUCCUCUCCAACACGCACGACCCGGUCACCCCGCUCCGCGCGGCCGUCAAGAUGGCGCUCAAGUUCAAGGGCGCCGGGCUGCUGGAGCAGAAGUCGCUCGGGCACUGCACCGUCUCGACCGUGUCGAGGUGCACGACCAGGGUAGUGAGGGAGUACCUCGCGACCGGCAAGGUGCCGCCGCCGCCCGCGGCGGUGGACGGCAAUUACACCGGCGAGUGGAUGCGUUGCGACGUGGACGAGGUGCCCUGGAGGCCGGCGGGCCCGAAGCUGGCUGCAUCUCUGGAAGACGAGGAGCGCGACAUGAUCGACGCGUGGCGGCAGCUGCGCAGGACGUUGGAUAGCAUGGAGAGGUGGAACGUGGGGAGGUGGCGGAAGGGGAUGGACGGAGAGGCCGUCAUGGAGUUGUUCAGAGAGGUUAAAAAUGUACUGGCCGAGUAAUCUAGCCCCUCUUUUGUACGUAUGUAUGUACAUACAUAUAUAUACAACGGCGGAUUGUGUAAUUUAUGGCAUCAGACUCUCCGCGAGGUAAUUAUUACUCGUGAUUGUGAAAGGCGAGCGGAACUCCUGAAUAACCAUCUUCACUUUCC